AUGAGGCUGUGGGCGGGCUGGGCACGGCGUGGGGGGACGGGGAGCCCAGGCACACCCCAAAAUGGGGAAGGGGAACCCAAGGACACCCCAAAACAGGGGAGGGGUCUCCGGGCCCCCACUGCUGCUGGGGGACCCCCAUUCCUGAGCAGCGAGCGCCCAUAAAGGUGUGGGGGUGACCCCUGGGAACCCCGCCGGGGGAAGGGCCUUGGGACCCCCCAGUGGAGAGUGGGAGCGCUGUGGCUGCCGUUGCUGGUGGGGGUGGGGGGCUCGGGGACCCCAAAAUUUGGGGGGGGGCGAACCCCGGGUCCCCAAAGGGGCUUUGGGCGGCCGCUGGCGCCCCCUGGCGGCGCUACCGGCUGUGGACAGUGCGCAUGCGCCGCAACGGUUUGGCAGGGGGCCCUUCGGCUGCAUUCGGUUCUUCCCGGCUUCCUUCGGCAUUUUCCGGCCCUUUCAUCCUCUUUCGGCUCUUUCCGCCUCCCCUGGGCCCUCUCAGUGUCUUCUCGGCUCUCUCCGCCUUUCUUCGGCCCUUUCCGCCUUUCUUCGGCCCUUUCCGCCUGCCCUCGGCUCUCUCCGCCGCCUCCCUCAGCGCCGCCGCUGCCAUGGCCGGCGGCCGCCGCUCGCCGCCCGCUCCGUGCUGCCCGGGCCGGGCGGCCGUGCCCUCUCCGUGCUGCCAGGGCCGCGUGGCCGUGCCCAGCGUGCACCAGAGCCUGUCCGAGAUGGACUUCGAGCGGGGGAUCUGGGCGGCGGCGCGGGACGGGGACGAGGCGCGGGUGCUGCAGCUGCUGGAGCGGCGAGGGGACCCCGCGGAGCCCGACCUGGCGGGGUACACGGCACUGCACUACGCCAGCCGGAACGGGCACCUGGCCGUGUGCCGGCUGCUGCUGGAGCGCGGCGCGCCCUGCGAUGCCCGCACGCCCGGCGGGGCCACGCCGCUGCACCGCGCCUGCUACUGCGGGCACCGCGCCGUCACCGAGCUGCUGCUGGCGCACGGCGCCGACCCCGCCGCCGCCGACAGCGACGGCAGGACCGGCCUGCACAAGGUGGGCACCGGCGGGCACCGGGGGGCACGGGGGGGGCAAAGGGGGGGCCCGGGGGCACGGGGGGCACGGGGGUGGCAAAGGGGGGGCACGGGAGGGUCCAGUGCCAGGUGGGGGCACGGGGGGAACCCAGUUCCCAAACUGGAUGGGGCACAGGGCGUCCCCUGCCCGAAUUUGAGGGGGCACAGAGGGGUCCUCUGCCCACAUUAGAGGCGGCACCCCUGCCCAGAGUGGGUGGGGGGCGCGGGGGGACCGCAGUGCCCAAAUUUAGAGGGGGCACGGGG